GACAUGGCGGCGAGUUUCGAGAAAUUCGAACCCAUAUUCGGAGAAGUCGUACCCGAACAUUCGGAUUCGGGUUCGGGUCUUCUCCGGCGAUGCCUCUUCCACGUAUACGCUUCCGAUUCGCUUCACCUCACCGUCCAUGUAACGGACUUCGUCUCAGGCGUCUGGACGAAGAUCCUCUCCGUCUCGCAGCUAGACGAUAUGAGGGAUGCUGUGGGGAUUGGUGGCUCGUGGUCUGAGUUCCUCGAUUACACUGUCGCGUCCUUGAAAUCGGACAAUGUGAAGCUUCUCCUGGGAGAAAAUUCCGUUUCAAGUGGUGUGGCGACUGGGCGAUUAGUGUCUCAGAAGGCUAAAGGGAUGCCUCGCAUAAUGAUUCCUGUAACGAAGAUGGUGGACACAUCUGCUAGUGAGGCAAUGGCAAAUCUGUCUUUUGAGUUGUUCAGAGCCUUCAAGAGCAAGCAGCACCUACAAGGGGAAGUGAGCUCUUCAGCUGCAACAACUGAUGAAAAGGACAAGAGAGACGCUACCCAUAACCAAGUGGAACGAUACUCCUCUGGAAAACUAGAUGUUAUGGCUCCAUCAACAGAUAACCGGCAAGACUCUCCCGCCAAGCAAUCUACCAGAGAAGGUAACACAACGAAACCGGCUAAACGAGUACCUGCUCACCGGAGAAACCGUAAACGGGGUGCCCUUCUGCAGGAUUCAGAAGACGAGGAUGGCUAA